AUGGCGACAACAUUGACGGGUGGAAACCCUCACAUCAUCCAACUCCCCUCAACGCCCGCCGCGUCACCUCCAGAAGCAAGAUUGAUCGCUCAGAAAUGGCUCACAGCUCUGCAGAUCCAGCUCUCUCGCCCCGACACACUGAAACUGUCCAUCCUCUUCCACGCUGAAUCAUGGUGGCGCGAUAUGCUCGCGCUAGACUGGGACAUGCGCACCGUGCACUCGUCCAACGAGAUCGAAGAGCUCUUGCGCAAGCGCCAGAGCCAAGCACAGCUCCAGAGCUUCCGCCUGCAAGACAAGGGAAAGUUUCAACCUCGCUGGGAACAGGUUGUUGAUGGUCUCAGCUGGGUAUCAAGCAUGUUCUUCUUUGAGACGGCCUUUGGAACGGGCUCGGGCGUGCUGCGUCUGACUCAGGAUCAGAAUGAUGGGAAGUGGAAGGCGUAUGCGGUCUAUACAUCGUUGCAAGAGUUGAAGGGGGCCGAGGAGCCGUUGGGACAUAGACGGCCUGAGGGCACGACGGAGUCCAUGGCUGGUGGGUUGGCGGGUGGGACUUGGAUCGAGAGGAGGGAGCGGCAGAAGGAGUUUUUGGACUCCGAGCCGAUAGUUUUGGUUGUUGGUGCUGGCCAAGCCGGUCUCAAUAUGGGUGCCCGUCUGCAGAGUCUUGGGCUUUCGUGUUUGAUUGUCGACAAGAAUGAGCGCGUUGGUGACAACUGGCGCAACCGGUACCGUACUCUGGUCACCCACGACCCGGCUGAAUUUACACACAUGGCCUACCUGCCCUUCCCGCAGAACUGGCCUCAGUUCACCCCGAAGGACAAGCUCGGCGACUGGUUCGAGGCCUACGCCAGCAUUAUGGAAUUGAACGUCUGGACGCAGACAUCCCUUACCUCUGCCGAGUACAACGAUGCCACGGCUGAGUGGAAUGUCAUUGUGACUCGCGGUAACGGCGCGCAGCGUACUUUGCGUCCUCGCCAUGUCGUUUGGUGCACAGGACACUCGGGCGAGGCGCGCGUCCCUCGAUUCCCCGGACAGGAUUCAUUCCAGGGCACCGUCUAUCACGGAAGCCAGCACCGCGAUGCGUCCGAGUCCGACAUCCGUGGAAAGAAGGUAGUUGUUGUGGGAACUGGGAACAGUGGACACGACAUUGCCCAGAACUACUAUGAGAACGGCGCAGAUGUCACCAUGCUACAGCGCAGCGGGACCUAUGUGAUCACGGCCGACAAGGGUGUAUUCAUUAUGCAUGAGGGGAUGCAUGAAGACGGCGGCCCGCCGACCGAGGAGGCCGACGUCGUCUCCGAGAGUCUUCCCUUCCCAGUACAAUUCGCACUCAGCGUACACAUGACAAAGCGCAUCGCAGAUGUCGAAAAAGACACACUCGACGGCCUCCGCCGUGCAGGCUUCCAGCUCGACUUCGGCCCCGACGGUGCAGGUAUUGCUCGUGCAUACUACACAGCAGGCGGCGGGUACUACAUUGAUGUCGGAUGCAGCCGGCUUAUCAUCGACGGCAAGAUCAAGGUGAAGCACAGCCCCAAGGGAAUCGACGGGUUCGGAAACCGGGAGCUGCUUCUUGCAGAUGGUAGUUCUCUGCCCGCGGAUGUUGUCGUGCUGGCUACCGGAUACGAUAACAUGCGAACAACCGUGCGCAAGGUCCUAGGUGAUAAGGUUGCAGAUCGAUGUGCGGAUGUCUGGGAUCUGGACCAUGAGGGUGAGCUUCGUGCUAUGUGGCGACCUAGUGGUCACCCGGGCUUCUGGUUUUUUGGGGGAAACCUUGCUCUUUGCCGGAUCUACUCGAAGUUCCUCGCGCUGCAGAUCAAGGCUAUCGAAUCUGGGCUAUCGACUGGUCGUAGACAGCAGCAGAGAGCUACUAAGAUUUAA